AUGACAAAGAUCUCCAGGAUUACACGAGUUGAUCCGAGGACCGGGAGAAGGGGUGGGUGGACAAAGUGCGGUGUGUUGCGGAAAGUGUACCGGUACGAAGAGUAA